GGGACCUUCUCAUUCUACUUUCAGUUAACAGAAGCCACACGAACACACGCUUAUCAUCAUGCCGAGUUUUUAUUUGAUCACAAACCUGUCUAAAGGAAAAAUACCUGCAGAUUUUCUAACUCAAGCGUCAACGCUGAUUGCAACGGCCCUUGGGAAGCCCGAAUCGUAUGUAACAGUACGUGUUGAACCGGAUGCUCAGAUGAUAUUUGGAGGGUCAAACGAUCCAUGUGGUACGGCCGAACUCGGCAGUAUUGGUAGAUUAGGCAUUGAAGAAAAUAAGGUUUUGGCAAAGACGAUUGGAGAGUUUUUAGAAAAACAACUGGGCUUAAAACAAAACAGAGUCUACAUUCGCUUCACAGAUAUACCAAGAGCAGAACUGGGUUUUUCUGGCACUACGUUUGACGAACUUCUAGGAAAAAAGUGAUGGAUUUACUGAUGUAUAAAACAAACAUUUAUUUUUGAUUUUGUACUAAAACCAUGUUCUAGAAAUAUAUAUAUGUAUCGAUCA